GCCGGAAACGACCACCUGGUCGCUUCGAAGCACCGGUCGAACGUCCAGACGCAAUCCUACGAACUGAAAAACAAAUAUCUCGAGAAAAUCGAGCAGGGGGCGAUCCCCUUCCCCACUGACGGCAUGAACUACCGGGACAAGUUCGGAACGGUCUGCAAACCCACGGACGGUGGCGCCAUCGCAGCGCAGGAGGUCGACCGGUCCUUCGUGCCGCGCCCGGUUAAAGAGGAGAAACGUUUCACGACGUCGAAUGGCGGAGGUGGGUCAAGCAACGCCAGUUGCUACUCCGGUUACGAUGACGACACGCGUUUUAUGGAGAUAGUGUGCAGGUCUGGGUCAAAAGAUCUUCAAAACUUGUUCACUUUCAGCUCGGACACCGCCGAACGUCUCCUACAUAUACGAUUUAGCGCAGCUAGUACACAUGGUCAGUUUUUCUUUGCGUUGAAACGCAAUAAAACAAUGGAUGUACCUUCAUAGUUUCGUUUGCUGCGUAGAAGCAUGUGAUCGCUUGUCGUGGCUUCUCAAUCCCGAUGCUUUGCUCAGCGCUUCGCGCUAUAGAGUUGCGUAAAUAACAUACAGAACUAUCUCAAAUUUAUUGCUUUGAUUCAGACAUGCUUUUCACCACGAUGUCGUCCGAGGUCAGCUAUAACAGCCACUCCUCCGCAACUUCGUAUCAUUCGUCCGCCUGGCCGAGCUCCGCAUCCGCAAUGAACCAGCAGCAGUUUGCUCAGGGCGCGGCGUUUCGCGGUCAUGGUGGAAACAACAUGUCAACCAUUUGCGAGGAUGUGGAGGAAGAGGAGAUUGAUCUUUUCUCCCUGAAGCCGAUCGAUUGCUACGGAAGGCCAAUCCCGAAGACGCAGUGGGAUUACGACGGGAAGAUCGAAGAGCCCGAGUAUCUGAUGGAAUUGUUUACAAAUCCACAGUACUACGAGCUGAUCGACCACAAUGGGUGGCCAGAGCUUCGCUGCAGGCUCUGUUAUGCGCAGUGGAGCAAGCCGACGAAGAUCAACGGCUCCCACACGCCCAACUCCAACACGCACCGGAAGGGACUGGCGUAUGACAACCUGGACCGGUUUAUCAAAUGUAAAAAUGUCUGGGUCAGGAAGAAUUCAUGUUUGUCAUGCUUGUCUGGCAUGACCCUUAAAUCUGUGAUGCACGUUACCCAAGAGCUCCGUUUUUCUGUGAUGCAGAAGCGCAGUUUGUCAUGCAGAAUAGGCAACACCUAGGAGCUCAGAAACUUGUCAUGCUGAGCCAGCAUCUGUAGCCUCAUCAUGAGACGCCACCCACCCAGCAUCACAAGUUUCCAGACCCAGACACUUUUACUUUUGAUACGGUUCACCUUGGAAACCAUGACGCCGGACAUGAUCGAGAAGAGCCGGCGCCGCUUAUUACAGUGAAAAAUGCCCGCACCCCAGAACUUGGCAGCAGUUGCAUUGCAAACCUUUCCAAUAGAAACAUUCCCCGUCUUGCAUGUAUCAGCAUCACAAAUUAUUUUCCAUCCUGAAGAGCUCAAAUUUGGAUUGCAAAGAGCCUUGCACCAGCCGAAUCUCUAAUGCAAGAGAUACCUUGCGAGCCUAGAUGUAAACUCUGCACCAGAAAGACUCCUAAUCCUUUCAUGCAAGACAAAAAGUUUUCAUUGCGAAACUUUGCAUCAGAAACUUUUGCAAAUUCUGGGGUGGGGGGCGUUUUUCAUUGUAAUACCGCUGCAAAAACAUGCCGCUGCCGCUGCGCUGCGAGGAGAUCGCCGAAGGGGUAAACGUGCCGAAAGGGUUCAAAAAGUGGGGAAGCAUUCGGGAUGGGCUGGUAUAAGCUGUUGAUAGAUAAGCUGCCACUCGUCGGGUUUUUCAUUCUUUCUACCGCUCAUGCGCAGCCGCUGUUUUGUCGUCCCAGCUUGUGCCAAAGCGCAUUUUCAUCUCGCAAUGAGAGAAAGAUCAAUUUAACUUUUACAACCUGAGAUCAUGUUCAUGAAUUCUUCGCACCAAAUCCAAAAACUACAGCAACCCGGCGCUACUGGACACUUGGUCGCUGCAAACUUGCAACAAGUGCAACACAACCCGAGCGGAGGAUCUUCAGUAACGGGCGCAUCCAGUGUGACCGGAUGUAACAGAUCGAGUGCACAAGGGGGAUUUUCUUACGGUACUUCUCGGAUUUUUAUCUUUCUAUGCAUGCCGUCGAUGCACAUGUUGAUGUACUUACGAGCGCAAGCACUCCAAAGUACUUCUCAUGAAAAUGAUAUGUCUUGCAAACACGUACAUAGAUACCGUUGCCAGACAACGUUUGACCAGGUACCGCUUCCAGCUACAGUGCGAGCGCCACCCAGUACAGCAACACGCACGCCACUGGCCGCCAGCCUUUGGCCCAUCAGCCCGAGCUGCAUCGGGCACCGGUAGGAAGUGCUGUUCCUCCUCCAACAAACACGUUCCAAGCAAGGGCCACCGCCGAACAGAACACCCCGAUGAAUGUGAAUGCGGCGAAGCGUAUUGAUGCGCUACAAGAGGAACUGAAAGAACUACGGAAUGACAAGGAUGCAUGUGAACGGGCACUGAGCAAGGAAAUGGCAGACCACCAGAGGACCAGGCAGGAGUGUGUGGAUUUACAGAACGAAUUGAACAAGCAAAAACAGAAAGAGCAGGCGGCUGCGGCUGCUGCACAGGACCGUGGCGCGGCACCGGAGAAGCAUUUCACGCCGUAAGUAGAUAGAAGACUUUUUUCUGCUUUCGAGCACUAGCACUGAGCAAAUUCAGUGUCUUUCACGUGCAAUAUGACAGACUGCAUCACUGUACCCCCACCAAAACCCCAGGUCUACCAUCUUGGAUUGGUUGCUGAAAAAGGACAACUACGGCCCUUCCAGCAAGGCAGAGCUGAAAGAUUUUUACGACAUGUUGAAGCACGAGGCACUGCCGGUGCUCAAGACUGCUAUCGCCGAUAAGAAGUCCUCGUCGAAGGCACGACCUCCUGUCAAUGGUGAAACAGCAACGGGGAAUAAUCCAGCCGCGUCGAGUGCGAGUGUUGCGAGCAGCACUGUUGCAACUACGGGGUCAAAUUGCUCCUCAGUGACCCACGACCGAAACAGAGGACGCGCUGCGGAAACUAGGGCUCUUGAAAGAGACAACUGGUCCACCGCUUCCACAGCUGGUGGUGGCGGCGCCGGAUCUUCAUCCUCGACGUACGACGACUGGAACGGAAACGCGACGUCUUGGUGGGAAGAAAAGUAUGCCCCGAAGCAAGGCGAUAGAGUUAUGACAGGAACAGGAGACAACGAGGCUGAUUCGAACAAAGGUGCGAACAGCUAUGGAGCGGGUGCGAGUGCGACUUCCUCUGCUUAUUCCGACUGGGGGAGCAACACGUCAAAUUACGGUGAUGACUGGAAUUCGAGCGCGAGCUCCUCCUGGUACGACGCCGCGGGGGGUUCCUCUUCGUCACAUUGGGGAAACGACGAGAGUUGGAGCUCGAAAAACUGGGGAGGGAGUGCGAACAGUGCGGGAUCCGGUAUUGUCAAGGACGACAAGGACAGCUCGGAGGGGAGUUGGCACAAGAUGGAUGACUGGAAAUGAGGAUGAGGUGCGUAAGAUAAUUUCAUCGGACUUUUAUUCCUUUUCCUCUUGCACAUCCAAUUAAUAGAGUGCUGCUGAAAGAAGUGAUACUGUAUCGUGAAGGAAGGGGACUUUGAGUCAAUAUGCAGGAACUUUAAAUUAAAGGAAAAAAAAAUCUAUUCACUCUCAGGUAAGAAGAUGAAGACCUCUGCAGCAUGUACAACGACGGACGGUUUUUCCAUUGGAUGAAGAGCCUCCGUCUCUCGAAGGGUGAAGCUUCAGGAAAAAACGAGCAUCAUCGUCAUCGAAUUCAUUCUGAAAAACGGACUCGCCUACUGUUCGCCUUCGCUCAUCCAAGUGACAGAACAAUAAGCAAAGACAAAGCACCAUCACCAUCUACUUCUUUUUUAUAAUAGUGUGAAUGUGUCCACGACAACAUGCAGUACUUUUCCAACUAUCCGCGAUCAAAGUACCAGUGAAACUCAUUCCUCUUUCCCUCGAAACCAUGUCUUCGAAAGAUACAUCCGAUAAUAUUUGGCGGGACGUCGCUAUUGGUAUUGCGGCUGACAGAAUCUUCCUCCCGUACGAGCAACCUGUGCCCUGUUUCCGAAAGAGUCAUGUGUUCAUGAUGCCCAUCUGAG